AUGGGGGGUGACAGGACGCAUUGGCAAGUUAUGUAUUGGAGUGAGUUGAGGUCACAGUCACAACGACCAGGAACACAGUCACAACGACCAGGAACAGUCACAACGACCAAGAACAGUCACAACGACCAAGAACAGUCACAACGACCAAGAACACAGUCACAACGACCAAGACCACAGUCACAACGACCAAGAACACAGUUACAACGACCAAGAACACAGUCACAACGACCAAGAACAGUCACAAUGACCAAGAACACAGUUACAACGACCAAGAACAGUCACAACGACCAAGAACACAGUCACAACGACCAGGAACACAGUCACAACGACCAGGAACACAGUCACAACGACCAGGAACACAGUCACAACGACCAGGAACACAGUCACAACGACCAGGAACACAGUCACAACGACCAAGAACACAGUCACAACGACCAAGAACACAGUCACAACGACCAAGAACAGUCACAACGACCAAGAACACAGUCACAACGACCAAGAACACAGUCACAACGACCAAGAACACAGUCACAACGACCAAGAACAGUCACAACGACCAAGAACACAGUUACAACGACCAAGAACAGUUUACAACGACCAAGAACAGUCACAACGACCAAGAACACAGUUACAACGACCAAGAACACAGUCACAACGACCAAGAACAGUCACAACGACCAAGAACACAGUUACAACGACCAAGAACACAGUCACAAUGACCAAGAACAGUCACAACGACCAAGAACAGUCACAACGACCAAGAACACAGUCACAACGACCAAGAACACAGUCACAACGACCAAGAACACAGUCACAACGACCAAGAACACAGUCACAACGACCAAGAACACAGUCACAACGACCAAGAACACAGUCACAACGACCAAGAACACAGUUACAACGACCAAGAACACAGUCACAACGACCAAGAACAGUCACAACGACCAAGAACACAGUCACAACGACCAAGGACACAGUCACAACGACCAAGAACACAGUCACAACGACCAAGAACACAGUCACAACGACCAAGAACACAGUCACAACGACCAAGAACACAGUCACAACGACCAAGAACACAGUUACAACGACCAAGAACACAGUCACAACAACCAGGAACACAGUCACAACGACCAAGAACACAGUCACAACGACCAAGAACACAGUUACAACGACCAAGAACACAGUCACAACAACCAGGAACACAGUUACAACGACCAAGAACACAGUCACAACAACCAGGAACACAGUUACAACGACCAAGAACACAGUCACAACGACCAAGAACACAGUCACAACGACCAAGAACACAGUCACAACGACCAAGAACACAGUCACAACGACCAAGAACACAGUCACAACAACCAGGAACACAGUCACAACGACCAAGAACAGUCACAACGACCAAGAACACAGUCACAACGACCAAGAACAGUCACAACGACCAAGAACAGUCACAACGACCAAGGGGCCUUGACCGCCCGCCUGCAUUAA